UUGGUUUACACUGUGAAGAUACGUAAAAGUGUUAAAAAUGUUGCAUUCAGGGUUUGAUAAAAAGUUAUGGAAUGUAAUUUCACUGGGAUUGUGUUUUAUGAUACUUUUUACAGCAGACUACACGGUCACUAAUAUGCAAGUAAAAAACACUGAUUAGCAGUAUACACGAGGACAAGCCUGAGUUCACCGUGGAUGGCUACACCAGUCUGGGGAUCACAUACUUGGUAUUCGCCCUAAGCUUGUGGCUCGGGCCAUCCAUGGUCAGCCUCACCGGACCUCGCUACGGCAUGGCCCUGGCUGCCGUUGGAUACACGAUAUACAUUUUGGCAUUCAACUUAGAAGAGUCUUGGGCAAUCUAUGCAGUGACUGUGAUUGGAGGAGUGGCGGGUGGACUAUUAUGGACUGCGGAGGGCAACUAUCUCGUACUCAACUCUGACUCUACUAAUAUCUCUCGCAAUGUUGGGAUUUUCUGGGCUUUCCUUCAGUCAUCAUCACUGUUUGGCAACAUCUUUACAUUUUUCAAAUUUGAGGGAAAGAGAAGAAUAGAUGCCGAUACAAGACAUCAAGUAAUCUGGGUUCUUGGUGGCGUAGCAGCUGUAUCAGUGUUUGCAUUUUUAUUCUUGCGUGAGUCUAAAAAACCCAAAGAUGAAUUGGAUGAAGCCCGAGGGCCUCUGGUUGAACUGAAGAAAACUUGGAUGGUUUUUAUCACAAAAGAAAUUAUAAUACUAAACAUAACAUUUUGCUUUACUGGUAUGCAGCAUGCUUUUACGUACGGAGUGUACAGUCCAAGUGUUGGCUUCACAACAGCCUUCGGGAACCAAGCCAAGCAGUUGGUAGCAUUGUCCGGCAUCUGUAUUGCUGUUGGAGAAGUUUUCGGUGGUAUGUGCCAAGUAUUCCUGAACAGGAUAUUCACAAGGUGUAAACUCGGCCGCAGUGCAGUCAUUAUAUUCGGAUUCACGUUACAGUUACUGGCCUUCAUUCUUAUCUUCCUGAACCUCCCUGACAGUGCGAGCUACGGAGAGAGUUAUGAGAAAUCCAUUAUACAGCCCAGUUCUGUAGUAGCGAUGAGCUGUAGUUUUCUGCUGGGAUUUGGUGACAGUUGUCUGAACACACAGAACUUCUCCAUCAUUGCGGUGUUGUUCCCACUCAAUAGCACUCAGUCAUGUGCUCUCUACAAGUUCAUUAAGAGUUUCUUUGUUGGUCUUGGCUUCUUUGUGUCGAGCCACAUCGGUCUCCACACACAGCUGAUGGUGUUGGCACCAGCAGGAGCUAUCAGUGCUCUGGCGUUCAUGUACGUCGACAAAAACGUCACCAAGGCCAAGUGGACAAACGAGGACUGGGAUUCUGCAGAAGAAGAAACUGUAGGGACAAUCCGUUCAAAGUAAACUUAGUACUACUCUCAGUAUAAGGAAACCCAAGUAUUUGUUAGCCAAUCAGUCUCAUAAGUACUUAACAGUAUUAAAGUUUUAAUACAAGUUUUUAAAGUUACACAGUCAGUAGUUUUAAGUUGUUACUUAGUUCUUCUGUAUGCCAUAAAGCUUGUUCAUUUGAAAAGUUUAAGUAGUGACUAAUUAAGUUUUUAGAGUAAUUAAGUAUUGGUUUCAAUUUGAGUGUACUGUUUGUGAUAAAAAAACACAAUUUUUUUCGCUUUGGGAUUGAUUUACUCUGUUUUGGCUUUUAGGAGAAAUUGUGGUGAAGAGUUAGGCUUGGAGUUCCAUUUAUAGGUAAAAGUGGUUUCAACCCUGCCUUGAUUUUAAAAAUAUUUUCUUUAGUAUCUGUUAUACUGUACGUAAUAUCUCGCACUUGUACUUAUAAAAUAGAUCCAGGGGUGUAUCCAGAGGGUCAAUUCCCCCACCCACUGAAAUUUUAUUUUACCUUAUUAGUAUUUUUAGACAUAUAUGACUAAUACAAUUCUAAAUUCUAACAAUAUAUCAUUACACACAUUUA